CCAUCAGCGGCAGGACACCAUUUGCAGAUGCCACCGGACCCAGAGGAGACGCCAUGCAGGGAUGUGGAGGAGUAUCUCAGCGACGAAAGUGAGAACGACGAUGUGAUCGACAAUGAUCUUGAGCUCUUGCGUCUUUUACGCAGUCAGAACGUAUCUCUGGAAGAUCUCGUGCCAACCCAGCCCACCAAAUCAGCGCGUGUCUCUAGCCAAGCAGACGACAUCCAUAGCAGCAAGGAUACCAAUAUUUCUCCUGUACGUUGGGAUUCUACUGGCUACAAGACAUAUUAAAGGACAAUACGUUGCAGGAUAGUGCCCAGCAAAAUGACACCGGUAUCAAUUCUAUGGACUUGAGGACGGAGGACGAUGCCAUCGAUACACCCUACAUCACCACGGAGGAGAGAGCUUCAUUAACGAAAAUGAUUCGAGACCAGGCGGCCAAGGCUCUAACAAUUAAUAGGAAAUAUCAGAAAGCAGCGUUGCAGCAGCUCCAGGAGGUAGAAAAAGCGUAUGCCAGGAACAAGGCGCUCGGGGCUCAACUACAAGCCCUGAACGACAGACAGGAGGCGGUAGAGCGCGCUCCACUCAUUCUUUCCACAACUAAGGCUCGGCUUGGCCCCCCGUAUUUCGUGGAUAGAGAUGGCAAGACACCUCCUGAUAAUGAAGACACAAUCAGGCGAAAGAAGCGCCCUCUGAUUGUCACCGGAAAGAUGAGGAGGUGGACGGAUCAAGAACGGGAGAGCCUCAAGGCUGGCGUCAUAUCUGAGAACAAGCGGAUUCUUUUCAAUGAGUUCACGAAAGCUGGUAACGAGGCUGGCAUUCGGUCUCUGCAAACGGCUGCGGAUAUUCAAAUGAUGCUCAACACGCAGGGACUGAACUGGUCUCGGAUCUCUCAACGAUUUGUCGAUACACGGACAGCCUCAGAGUGCCUCAUUCAGUGGGCAGGAAACGACCAUCCUGGUAUUAACAAGGCAGAAUGGUCGAGCGAUGAGUUUGCAAAGCUGGAGGAUCUAGUCAAGAAACACCAAGGGCACAAUUGGGUCCAGAUCGCGCUAGAUCUUCGCACGGACCGGACAGGCGCGCAGUGCUUCAGGCAGUAUCAAACCAAAAAGAUGACGAAGCAAAUAUCCAAAGAGCCCUGGACUGAGGAGGAGGAUGGGGUCUUAAAGGAGGCAGUGGAAAUGUUGGGCGAGAGGAGCUGGCAGCAAGUCUCUUAUUGUUUUGAUAACCGAUCGCCCGCUCAGUGCAUGGAGCGCUGGAAAAAGAGCUUGAACCCGUCGAUUCGCCGUGGUCGCUGGCUGGAGGAGGAGGAUGGGGCCCUUAGAGCUGCACUGAAGGUGUAUGGUGAAGGACGCUGGACCAAGGUUGCGCAGCAUGUUCUUGGAAGGACAGAUAUUCAAUGUCGAGAACGAUAUUUGAACGUGCUUUCACCAAAUCUCAAAAUGGGGCCCUGGACAGCCGAAGAAACUGAACUCCUGGCGAACCUUGUCAAGGAACAUGGAGACAAGAAGUGGGCCUUAAUAUCAUCUCACAUAGAGGGUCGAACCGACAACCAAUGCUCACGACGUUGGAAGCACUUGUGCGGCGCAGAGGAGAGGAAGACGCGCCAUAAGGCACAGGAAGAGCGAAGAGCCAGGGAAAGGGAGGAGCGGCGGCGGCGAUGGCAGGAGCGAAUAGCAGCGGAAAAGAAGGCUAUGAAGCAAUCGCGACUCGCCACCAAUUCUCAGAUAAAGCAAGCGAUUCCUACCGGCACCUCAAAUCCAGAGCAGCAUAGUGGAGAAAUCCAAAGCCAGAAACAACAGGAACUGCAGCGGAGGAAGCGCGAAAAGCAGAGGAGUCGCAUCAAGAGUAAUCAGCAGAAGGAGUUGCGUCGCAAUUACGAAACCUUUACGGAUAGGCAGCGGCAUAUCUACGACCGAUGGCAUGAACUAUGGGGGCAGUAUGUGGAUCCUAUUGAGAAGGUCUUUAAUCUCGGCAUCCCUCCAAAACCUAAAGACAAGGACGAGAAAACGCAAGGCAAUUCGUCGCCACUGAACAUGGAGGUCCCUGAGCCGGCUUCUACUCUGCGACCUGGAAGGGUUCAGCCAACCCCCCCUUGCUUCGCAACCAUGCUCGCCUUUUCCAAGAAUCUCGAACAAGGAAAUUACUCAGGCGGACGCUUUCGAUUGAGACAUGUUAUCGAGAACACACGUGUGAUUUCGCGUCCGCCAGCAACAGCGCCUUUAUCCGUUGAAGAACAAAAGCGACCAGAGUACGUAGAGCUGGCGGAGCGGUUCGAGUCCGUGUUCAUGUGGCCGAUGAUGCUGGGCAUGCUGCAUAUGGGGAUUGCACAAAGGUUGGCCAAACCUCCGCCGCCAACGACACAGCCUUCCACAUCUGUGCCGCCUGCACCAUCCUCACCCACUCCGCGAUCUCAGUCUCGUCUAGAGACACGACAUCCGCAUGCCAAACAGUCAGCGUUAGGGCUAGGGUCGAAGGCGGGAGGUUUAUCGCAGCAUGGCUCGGCAAUGAUUGAUAUGGAAAUAUCGUCAGAGAACACUUCUUCAGAAGAUGCCUCCUCAGAAGAUCUUUCAGAUGACCUUUCUACAGAUGACCCUACUUCGGAGGAUUAUUCUUCAGACGACUCAGCCACAGGAGACAUGACUUCAAGAAGGUUGCGUCCGAAUGACCUGGCUGUGGAAGACCUGAGUUCCGAUAAUUCAAGUUCGGAUGAUCUGAGUUCAAGGGACUUGAGUUUAGACCUUUUUUCCGAGGAAUCCACUUCGGAGGACGAUUGGAUACCAACUUCAAAGCGAAGGCGAGUGUCCACAUCAUCACACUGAAAUCAGCUGUAGCACCAGCCGCGCAAUGACAAUAGCUAAAGCAAUAGAUAAAAACAGUAAGACCGAUGGUCUCAUGGGACACUUCGGAUGCAUUGCAUUUGUUACUUAACAAUAAAGCGCAGUCUAUCCU